CUUAUCCAAAACCCCCCUUCUCCCUGUGUCUAUGAAAGCACGACCAAAAAGCCAACACUCUCUUCAGAGUCUCUCUUCCAAGGAUCAAUGGCUCUUCGGUUUUUGUACUCUCCCUCGAAGACUCGCUUCCCUUAUGAGCAACAGCGAUUCUCACGCACGCCUUUAUCCAAUACUAUCACGUAUAAUCUUUCUUUUUCUUGCGCUCUCUCCUCCCUCUCUCAUCCCUCUCCUGCCCAAACGCAUACCCUUUCCGCUAAGGCCAAAAGAGUAAGAAACUUCGUUUUGUAUUUCUCUUCUACCGCGCAAGAACAAGCUCUUGAUUCUGUCUCCGCCCAAAGCGACGACUCGGAACCAGUACCGACCGAAGAGUUUUCCCGAACCAGAUUGAUUGCCCAGAACGUACCUUGGACUUGUACAGCUGAAGACAUUCGCUCUCUCUUCGAGAAGCAUGGAACGGUCCUAGACGUUGAGCUUUCUAUGCAUAACAAGACCAAAAACAGAGGCUUAGCGUUUGUCACUAUGGGUUCGCCUGAGGAGGCUCGUAUGGCUCUCAACAAUCUCGUAUCCUAUGAGUUAGAGGGCCGAACUAUAAAGGUCAAUUAUGCCAAAGCACGAAAGAAGAGACCUUCCCCUUCCCCUCCCGUGCAACCAAACCCAGUAACGUUCAACUUGUUUGUGGCAAAUUUGCCGUUUGAAGCAAGGUCAAAAGAUCUCAGAGAGUUCUUUUCAGGGAGUGGUGACGUUGUUUCUGCGCAAGUUAUAUUUCAUGAUAAUCCAAGAAAGUCCUCUGGGUAUGGAUUUGUGGCCUUCAAAUCCAAGAAAGAUGCCGACGAAGCUCUUCCUGCUUUCCAAGGGAAGAUGUUUAUGGGAAGACCAAUUCGAGUGGCACGAAGUAGACAAUAUGUUAAACUACGAGCAGAGGAGGGUGCCGAGUCUGGAGAUACAUCGAUUCAGUCAACCCCUACUAGUGCAGAGCACGCAGAUUCUGCUAAUGAGAACUGAACAUGAACUUUUCUGGCAACACUUCUUCGUCAAUACCGAGCUUUUUAUUUUCAUCUUUGACAAUACGGAGACCAGAACAGAAUGUGGAAUGAGAUUUCUGUAGCUGUCCAUAGGCAGCUGGGACGAUGCUUAAGGUUUUCUUGAUGUCUUACCUUAUUCAAAAGACGAGAAAGAAGAAUGAGAGAUGGAAAAUGGGAGGAGAAAUUCCUGUUGAUGUUGAAACUCUACCCAAGUAUUUAAGUAUUAGAUGUAGCUUUAUUCAAUACUUCCAUUGUCAAUGUAUUCAUAAUAGAGGUUCAUCCAAACUUGUUUAGUGUCUACUUCUCAUUUGUUGCUACCUAGUUAUGAAUGCAUGGCAAUGAUGCAGUCAAUUGUUCAAUAGGCUGGAAUACUGAAAAUUGGCAUCUUGUUCUCU